AUGUGUCACCAGAAGCUGACCAUCUCCUGGUUCGCUGUGGUUCUGUUGGCGUCUCCACUCAUGGCCAUAUGGGAGUUGGAGAAAGACGUUUAUGUUGUAGAGGUGGACUGGUCCCCUGGUGCCCCCGGAGAAAGAGUGGUCCUCACCUGUGACACUCCUGAAGAAGAUGACAUCUUCUGGACCUCAGACAAGAGCAGUGAAGUUGUAGGCUCUGGGAAAACCCUGACCAUCCAAGUCAAAGAGUUUUCAGAUGCUGGCCAAUAUACCUGCCACAAAGGAGGCGAGACUCUGAGCCACUCACGACUGCUGCUUCACAAGAAGGAAGGUGGAAUUUGGUCCACUGAUAUUUUAAAGGACCAGAAAGAUCCUAAAAAUAAGACCUUCCUGAAAUGCGAGGCAGCAAAUUACUCUGGACGGUUCACCUGCUGGUGGCUGACAGCAGUCAGCACUGACUUAAAGUUCAACAUCAAGAGCAGCAGUAGCUCCUCUGAUUCCCGAGCAGUGACAUGUGGAGCAGCAUCUCUGUCUGCAGAGAAGGUCACGGUGGACAACAGGAACUAUAAGAGGUGUUCCAUGGCCUGCCAGGAGGACAUCACCUGCCCGGCUGCCGAGGAGACUGUGCCCAUUGAGCUGGUGAUGGAGGCACAGCACAAGUAUAAAUAUGAGAACUACAGCACCGGCUUCUUCAUCCGGGACAUCAUCAAACCAGACCCGCCCAAGAAUCUGCAGCUGAAACCUUUGAAGGGCUCUCAGAUGGAAUUAUCCUGGGAGUAUCCUGACUCCUGGAGCACUCCCCAUUCCUACUUCUCUCUCAAGUUCCAUGUUCAGGUCCGUCGCAAGAAAGAAAAGAAAGAUGAGUCCCAGUUUGUAGACAAGACCUCUGCUGAAAUCCGAUGCAACAAAGGUGCAGAGGUCCGUGUGCGAGCUCAGGAUCACUACUACAAUUCAUUCUGGAGCAAAUGGGUAUCUGUGCCCUGCAGUUAG